CUUUUGCGUAAUUUUCUUUCUUUCUUUCUUCGGCAGCUUUUAUUCUACUGUUCUCGUUCAACUGCGAAGCAUGUAACCGCAAACCCUAGAAAUCAGUUCAGGUACCAUCGUUUUUCUACCUUAAGUUCUCACCGUCACCACCAAACCUGCACAGUUUCCGCCGCCUCCACCUCCUCUUCUGUUGUUAAUUCGUCCGCUGACUUCCAUUUUCAUCUCUCUCUGCCUCUCUACGUCUCCUUCUCUGUUUCUCCUCUGCUUCCGUUAACUUUUUUUAGAUUCCCGAAAUCUAAAACCCUAACUCUCGAAUUGAUUCGGUGGUUUCUCGAUCUCGGAAGUGGUUGUUUCAAAUUAAGCAAAAAAUAUGUCGUCGUUGAGCAGAGAAUUAGUGUUUCUGAUUCUUCAAUUCCUUGAAGAGGAGAAAUUCAAGGAGACCGUACACAAGCUAGAGCAAGAGUCAGGGUUCUUCUUCAACAUCAAGUACUUCGAAGAGAAAGCGUUGGCUGGAGAAUGGGAUGACGUUGAGAAGUAUCUUUCCGGAUUCACCAAAGUGGAUGAUAAUCGAUACUCCAUGAAGAUUUACUUUGAAAUCAGAAAGCAGAAGUACCUGGAAGCUCUCGAUCGGCAUGAUAGACCAAAAGCUGUUGAAAUUUUAGCAAAGGAUUUGAAAGUUUUUUCCUCAUUUAAUGAAGAGCUAUACAAGGAAAUUACACAGCUUUUGACUCUAGAGAACUUUAGCUUGAAUUGGCAACACCAGCUGUGUAAAAACCCAAGGCCUAAUCCAGAUAUUAAGACUUUAUUUACAGACCACAGUUGUUCCCCUUCAAAUGGGGCACGUGCACCUACCCCGGUAACUCUUCCUAUUGCAGCUGUCGCCAAACCUACGACUUAUGCUCCCCUUGGAGCACAUGGUGGACCUUUUCCGCCAGCAACUGCAGCUUCUAAUUCUAAUGCUUUAGCAGGGUGGAUGCUAAGUGCUAAUCCUUCCUCAUCAGUUCAAUCAGCUGUUGUUGCUGCUUCAUCAUUAUCUGUUCCACCAAAUCAAGGUAACCUGGAAGGCUUUGAUUUUUCAUACAUGUUUUUUUGGCUUGUUAAGGACCCAUCUCACUGGGAUGUUGCUGAGCCGUUGCCUUCUUAUGGUCGAGGAAUUGAACUUCCUGGGAAGAGACAUAGAAGUUUGAUAAAUGGGUAUAUGUUAAAUGAUGUGGUCAUAACAGGUGAUAAUGGAACCAUAGAUGGCCAAGGUUCAGUUUGGUGGGAUUGGUUCACCUCUCAUUCCUUAAACUAUAGCCGCCCUCAUCUUGUGGAAUUUAUUUCAUCUGAAAAGAUACUUGUAUCAAACAUUACAUUUCGGAAUGCUCCAGCUUAUAACAUCCACCCAGUCUAUUGCAGUGAUGUAUACAUGCAAAAUGUUUCAGUUUUUGCUCCACCAGGAUCACCAUAUACUGUUGGUGUGGUUCCAGAUUCUUCUAAUAAUGUCUGCAUUGAGGAUUGCAACAUUAGUAUGGGCCACGAUGCAAUAGCCCUUAAGAGUGGUUGGGAUGAGUAUGGCAUUGCUUAUGGCAGGCCUACCACAAAUGUAAACAUCAGAAGGGUCCACCUUCAAUCAUUUUCUGGCGCAUCCAUUGCCUUUGGUAGUGAAAUGUCUGGUGGCAUUUCUAAUAUUCAAGUGAAGCAGGUCCACCUAUACAAUUCAUUAAGUGGAAUUGAGCUAAGAACAACCCGCGGAAGAGGUGGUUAUAUUAAGGAGAUCAUCACAUCAGAUGUUGAUCUAAGAAACGUUAACACAGCUUUUGGUGCCACUGGCCAUUGCCGGUCACAUCCAGAUGACAAAUUUGAUCCUGAUGCUCUUCCAAUUGUGGAUAAGAUCACCUUUCAGAAUAUCAUUGGCACAAACAUCACUGUUGCUGGAAACUUCACUGGGAUUGAAGAAUCACCCUUUACUUCUAUAUGCCUAUCCAACAUCUCCUUAUCAAUGAAUCCUGCCUCUUCCACUUAUUGGGAAUGUUCAUAUGUGUCUGGCUUUUCAGAGUCAGUGUUCCCUGAACCAUGUCCUUGCCUCGAGAAUUCAAAUACCUCCUCAACAUGCUUUUCCCUCCUGAACUCCAAUGGUAGAAGUGCAGUCUUAUGAUACCAUUGCCUUCAGACAUAAAACCUCAGAAUAUUGCAUUUUCUUCCAUUUACCAUCUCAGAAUAGGUCAGAUUCUUUCCCCAAUAAGACAUGUCUAGAAUACCUGUUUGUUUAUCCCUUCCAUAUUUUCUCGCACGUUGCAAUCUCCAGGUUACUUGUACAGUUCCAUUUGUUCAUUCUUGUGUAAGAAAAUUUUUGGUAGUGGUGGGUAUAAAGCACAAAGAGAGGGGGGUCUUGGAUAUUUCUAGUUUUUCUUUCUGUUGAAUUCCAUUUUAUGUUUAUGGUACCGUUGGUGCAGUAAUGAUCUCAUUAUAGAAUCUUUGUAUGAUUUGGAUUGAUUUGGUGGACAAAAAUGGUACAUAAAUGAAGAGAAAAAUUUUAA